UGCCUGCUGCCGCCCCGCGAUGCUCAGGCGGGCGUCCCGCGCAGGCGGCGCCGAGGGCAGCCCCGAAACGCUAAGGCCCCCGGGACACUAUGGCGGCUGGUCUGUGGGCGCUGCUGCUGCUGCCCCUGGCGACUGCAGUCUAUGAGGACCAAGUGGGCAAGUUCGACUGGAGGCAGCAGUAUGUGGGGAAGCUUAAGUUCGCCUCCUUGGAGGCCUCGCAGGGUUCGAAGAAGCUCAUCGUUGCCACGGAAAAGAACGUUGUGGCUGCCCUGAACUCCAGGAGCGGUGAAAUCUUGUGGCGCCAUGUGGACAAGGGAACCCCUGAAGGAGUGAUAGAUGCAAUGCUGAUCCAUGGGCAAGAUGCCAUCACUGUGUCCAAUGCUGGACGCAUUCUGCGUUCCUGGGAGACCAACAUUGGUGGCUUGAACUGGGAGACAUCCCUGGACACUGGCAGUUUCCAGGUGGCUGGCCUGGUGGGGCUGCAGGACGUGGUGAAAUACGUGGCGGUGCUGAAGAAGGCAGCCAUCUCUCUCCACUACCUCUCCAAUGGGCACCAGAAAUGGGUGGAGCACUUACCAGAGAGUGAGGCUACUCAGUACCAGAUGCUGUAUUCCCAUGGGACUGGAGUGAUCCACGUGCUUGGAGUUGUUCCCCAGAGCCACUUGACUAUUUUGACAUUCAGUGUGGAAGAUGGAGAAGUUACAAGACAGGUCAGAGUGGCAGCUCCAUGGCUGAAGAGCUUAGAUGGCCUGUGUGGUGUGGUGGGGGAGGCAGUGCUGGUCUGUGUGGACAUGGACACGCAGUCACUCUAUGUUUGCUCCUUGGAGACAGAGCAGGAGAUGAAGCAGAUCCCACUGCAGUCACUUGACCUGGAGUUUGCUGAUGACUUCCAGCCCAGGAUAUUGGCCACUCAACCCAAUGUCAUUGGAGCCUCAAGGACUCAGUUCUUCCUGCAGCUCUCUCCAAGCCACUUCUCCCUGCUGCAGUACAAGCAGGGGCUGCUCAGUCACCUUAGGGACUUCGAGCAGGCUGCUCUGGUGAGUUUUGCAACAACAGGAGAGAAAACUGUGGCUGCUGUCCUGACCUGCAGGAGUGAGCUGAAACCUGGAAGUGCUGAAGGCCUUCAUGCUGGAGGCAGUCUUGAGGAGGCCAGGAAGCAGGACUCCUUGACCUGCUCCAAUCAAACCUACAACAUUAAUCUCUACCUGGUUGAAACUGGACAAAGAUUGUUGGACACCACAAUUACCUUUACCCUGGAGCAGAGUGGGACUAAGCCACAGCAGCUAUACAUCCAGGUUUUCCUGAAGAAGGAUGACUCAGUGGGCUAUCGAGCCUUGGUGCAAACAGAAGACCACAUGCUGAUGUUCCUCCAGCAGCCAGGGAAAGUUGUCUGGAGUAGAGAGGAGUCACUGGCAGAAGUGGUAAGCCUGGAGAUGGUAGAUCUACCCCUGACAGGUGCCCAGGCUGAGCUGGAGGGAGAGUUUGGAAAGAAAGCAGCCAUUCAAGAUGGCUUGCUGGGCAUGUUUCUGAAGCGGCUCUCCUCCCAGCUCAUCCUGCUGCAGGCCUGGACUGCUCACCUCUGGAAGAUGUUCUACGACGCCAGGAAGCCCCGCAGCCAGAUCAGGAACGAGAUCAACAUUGACAACCUGGCCAGGGAUGAGUUCAACCUCCAGAAGAUGAUGGUGAUGGUCACUGCUUCGGGAAAGCUUUUUGGUAUUGAAAGCAGCUCUGGCACCAUCCUGUGGAAGCAGUAUCUCAGGAAUGUGAGACCAGGCUCCUCCUUCAAGCUGAUGGUCCAAAGAACAACAGCUCAUUUCCCACACCCUCCACAGUGUACCUUGCUUGUUAAGGACAAGGAAACCAAAAUGAGCUUCCUGUACGUCUUUAACCCCAUCUUUGGGAAGAGAAGUCAAGUGGCUCCCCCCGUUUUGAAGCGUCCAGUCCUCCAGACUCUGCUUCUGCCCAUUAUGGACCAAGACUAUGCCAAAGUGCUGCUGCUGAUUGAUGAUGAGUACAAGGUCACACCUUUCCCAGCAACUAAAAACGUCCUUCGCCAGCUGGAAGAAAUAGCUCAUUCCAUCUUCUUCUAUCUAGUGGAUGCUGAGCAGGGAAAACUCUCUGGGUUCAGGCUGAAAAAGGACCUGACAACAGAGGAGAGCUGGGAGGUGGUCAUCCCCACGGAGGUGCAGAGGAUCGUGGCAGUGAAAGGGAAGCGGUCCAACGAGCACGUGCACUCCCAGGGCCGCGUCAUGGGGGACCGCAGCGUUCUCUACAAGUCCUUGAACCCCAACCUGCUUGCUGUGGUGACGGAGAGCACAGACACGCACCACGAGCGCACGUUCAUCGGCAUAUAUCUGAUCGAUGGAGUCACGGGCAGGAUCAUCCACUCCUCAGUGCAGAAGAAAGCAAAGGGACCUGUCCACAUGGUUCAUUCAGAGAACUGGGUGGUGUACCAGUACUGGAACACGAAGGCUCGGCGGAACGAGUUCACUGUGCUGGAGCUGUAUGAGGGCACAGAGCAAUACAAUGCCACAGCCUACAGCUCCCUCGACCGCCCCAUCCUGCCUCAGGUCCUGCAGCAGUCCUACAUCUUCCCUUCUGCCAUCAGUGCCAUGGAGGCCACCAUCACCGAGCGAGGCAUCACCAGCCGGCACCUGCUCGUUGGGCUUCCCUCCGGGGCCAUCCUCUCCCUUCCAAAGGCUCUGCUGGAUCCUCGCCGCCCAGAGAUCCCCACGGAGCAAAGCAGAGAAGAGAACCUGAUUCCAUACUCCCCUGAUGUGCAGAUCCAUGCUGAGAGGUUUAUCAACUACAAUCAAACCAUAUCCCGGAUGAGAGGGAUUUAUACAGCCCCCUCUGGCCUAGAGUCCACUUGUUUGGUUGUUGCCUAUGGCUUGGACAUCUACCAGACAAGAGUGUACCCAUCAAAGCAGUUUGAUGUGCUGAAGGAUGACUAUGACUACGUGCUGAUAAGCAGCGUCCUCUUCGGGCUGGUGUUCGCCACGAUGAUCACCAAGAGACUGGCUCAGGUGAAGCUGCUCAACCGCGCCUGGCGCUAAGGCUGCGAGGCCGAGGCUGCGGAACGUGCCUGAGAGCUGGGCAGGCUGAAGAGCUGCCACCCUCCAGUGCUGCUGGGCUUGGUUAGAAAUUCCACCUCGGGUGGCUGAUGGCUGCAAAGACCUACUGAACUUUUUUGCUGGAAGGCGUUAAGGAGGAAAUCUGCUAACACAACUCUCUGCCUCCCAGUGAGGGGAGAUGGGAAAGAGACAUCAACCUGUUAGGACUCACAAAGAACUCUCUGAAACCUCUGUUAAAGCACUCAAAUCUGCUGUCUCCCCAGUGACACUGCAGAUGAGAGUAAGGACGUGUGGCUGCUCGCUCCUCACUGCUCCGUGCCAGCCAGAUGGAGUGUCUUGGUGAGAGGAGGAGGGAGGAGUUGUCAUCUGCUGGGCUUUGAAUGCUGGGCUUGGUGCUGUGUGAACGAGGCCUGAGGAGAGGAUGUGGGUCAUAGCAUUGGGAUGGUUAGAAAGUGGGUGGGUGUUGGUGAGAAAUGGCCUCAUGGGGGUCUCUUAAUUAGAUUGCAGGGCUGUGGGAGGAAUUUGACUGGCAACUCUCUCCCAUGCUCUUUAUUUAUGAUGAUGGUGAUGUUAAUUCCUUCCUGUUUUUU